AUGGACGGCGUGUCCCUCGUCUCCGACGACCUCCUCGAUCCGCCGCCUCGACUCUACGAGCGACUACGCCAAAUAGCCGGUUAUACAUGGGACGAGAACCAGUUGCCAUUCCACUCUUCCUAUGAUUACUGGCAUGUCUUUGGAACCCGCUUCGUCUCUCCAUUCUCCCCUCCCUCAAGCUCUCACAAUGCCUCGAGUCCAGGAUCCAUCUUGAAGUUCCAUUCUGGCCGGCCAUCGCCGUCGGAACCUUAUCCCUCGGCCUCGAGCGACACCACCGAUUUACCGGCAAUCACACCUCCAGCUUCGGUACCCUCGAAUGUAUCCAAUGAUGCCCCCUACGUCGAAGAGCAAGUCGUUGCUCGCAUAUCCUUCCAUGCCCUCCGAGAAGAGCGCGCUUUUCACAUCGCCAAGAGUCUAACGGCAGACUCGGAUCCGAAUGGGCAACAUAUCGUGAAGCCACUCGACCUAAUUAGGCUGAACCCUCUUCCAGGCGACCGCGCACCCGUCAUUGUUGCCAUCUAUCAACAUCCCGGCCCCAAUUAUCUCCUCGAGGUCCUUGACAUGGGCCCAGCCUACUACAGAGCCCGUACUGUAGGAGAGACAUUUACAUCGCUUCGCAAAAACGAGCCCGAACUACACGACCCGAUCUCCUUGCAGUACUUUCUCGAUUUUGCCAUCGGUGCAGCACAAUGCCUCGAGGUUCUUCACCACGGUCUGGGCAUGAUUCAUGGCGAGAUUCGAGGCGAUGCGUUUCACUUCAACGCUGAAGAUGGGCAGGUCAAAAUACUAUCAUUUGGGUCCGGAAUACGCUCAUUUGAGCAUGGCUUGACAAGUAGUGGGUGGUCGACUCUCUCCAAAGAACUUGGCGCUCGAAACAAGCUCCUCUACAUUAGCCCCGAACAAACAGGGCGAAUGCCCGCAGAACCAGACAGCCGGACUGACAUAUAUUCCCUGGGUGUCUUGUUCUGGACGCUGUUGACCCAGAAACCCGUUUUCGACGGUGACAGCCCUCUCGACAUUGUCCAGGGAGUUCUCGGGCGCAGGAUACCCAAUGUGUCGACCGUACGACUGGACAUUCCCGACGUGGUUGGAAGAAUUAUUCAGAAAUGCACAGCCAAGAAUGUUACUGACCGUUACCAUUCGGCGAGCGGGCUUCGUCACGAUCUGGUCAAGGUUCAGGAGUUCCUGGGCGACGGGGAUUGGUUGGCGCUUAAGGAGUGGAAGAUUGGAACCAAGGAUGUAUCGUCCUUUUUCAUGCUUCCUACCAUCAUGAUCGGUCGCCAACGGGAGCAGGCUGAGCUUGUCAAGGUCAUUGAUCGUGUUGCCAAGGCUCAUUCCAUGACUCUAAAGGGCGGCAGCAACCGCUUCUCUGACGGCUCAAGCUUGUCAAACGAGGUGGCUGCUUUCGACGACAUCUCAAGCGAGGGAGCGAGCUCUAUUGAUGGUACCAACCGUCGAAGUGGUUCUUUUACUCAUACAGCGUCCUCAGAUCCUAAACUACCAAAGACUACCUUUCACCCGUUCUUCUCGGAUACCCAGACGAAUUCUGGCGAUACCAUCUCAUCUUCGCCAUCAGGCGCUUUCCCUCGGGUUGCCAAGCCGUGGGAGAGGCACCAAUCCAUCUCAAUUGAGACUCGCAGUCUCGUUGAUAGCACCGGAGCGGAAUCACAGAAUCGUCACAGCCUAGUAGAGUCAACCGCGUCGAGCCUUUCCAGGCAGCUGGGGUCAGCCAAGUUCCGCCGUCGUGAUCACUGCGAGGUUGUGGCGAUCGAGGGUGCUGGAGGACUGGGGAAGAGCUGUCUCGUCCAGAGUGUUCUUGCAGAGGCCAGGAGACGAGGUUAUUGCGCAACAGCGAAAUUCGAUACUGCAAGAAGAACAGCCUUUGGACCACUGCUUAAGUUGUUAUCGUCCCUGUUCAAGCAGGUCUGGGGCGAGAGAAAUACAGAGACUCCUUUUCACCAGGGGCUCAAGCAGUUCGUCCGCCCUGUCUGGCCCAUGCUGCACCGGUUACUAGGGCUUCCCGAGUUCCUCCUUGGCCCUCCUGAGGUCAAUCCUGGGCGGUCAAUCUCCUCGUCUCAGCACCUUUACCUGAAGAGCAAUGGGAAGGCUGGACUGAAGCGCCGUGGUUCUUCUCCGGGAUGUUCGCCUGGCCCUGUUGCGAGAAACCCUAGCAUCGCUUCUCAGUCAUCACAGGAUUUUCUCCGAGCCGGCACAUCUACCAAGACCAUGCGAUUGAUGAACAUUUUCUUGGACGUCCUUCGAGUGUUCACGGCACACAAGUUCAUAUGCUUCUGUUUGGAUGACCUCCACUUUGCCGACGAUGAGUCCCUCGAGCUCAUUUCUCAAAUCAUUGCUUCGAGGAUGAAGAUGGUCAUCAUUGUCACAUACCGAACAGAGGAAUUCACAUGGGAGAAGAUCCAGAGCAUCGUUCACCCCCCUGAGUCGGACGAGUUUCCCCGCUCUGGUGGCCCCCUGGUCACUCGGAUCACUUUGUCAGCUCUCUCUGAAGACGACAUUGUUCAAUACGUCUCGACAACGCUCUGUAGGCCCAUGGACGAAGUCCUCCCUCUCGCUCUCGUUCUGCAAUCCAAGACAGCAGGCAAUCCAUUCUACAUGCGAGAGAUGCUGAGUGCCUGUUACCGAAAGCGGUGCAUUUGGUACGAUUACAGGGACAGCCAAUGGCAUUAUGACCUAGACAGACUCUUCGAGCAGUUUCAAGGGGAGAAGGACUACGAUGUGCUCGACACGGGUUUCAUUACGCACAGGUUGACCGAACUGCCGGCAGCAGCCCGGACUUUGCUCGCCUGGGCGGCUCUUAUCGGCAACUCGUUCUCGUUCGAGCUCAUUUGCCACCUGAUGGGCGGUGAAUUCGAUUAUCACGAAGACGACUGGGGAUCAUGUUGCCCGACCUUUGCACACAAGAGCUACUCGCAGGGUGAAGCCAUCGCUGGCCUUCAGGCGGCCAUCCAGGCCUACAUAAUCGUACCUAGCGAGUCAGAUGAUCGGUUCCGAUUCGCUCACGAUCGAUACAUCCAUGCGUCUUCAGACUUGCAAGAGUGCAACUCCCGAAAGAUGCACUUCAUCAUUGCACAAACACUCCAGAAGUACUAUGCCGGCGAAUCUAGGCAACGAGACAGCACAGCUUCUCAUAUCUGCGAGGCGGUCGACAUCAUCAAGCGACGGAUUCCAAGCCGUCAUGAGUACCGCAAGCUGUUGACAGAUUGCGCGCAAGCUGCUGCAGAGAGUGGCGCGAAGCCAACCGCAGCCAAGUACUACAGCACAGCAGUUGCGCUUCUUCAGGACAACCCCUGGACUGAGGGCAAAGACGACGUUUCGUAUGACGAGACGAUGCAACUCUACCUUAGGGCGGCCGAGUGCUAUCUGUACAUGGGCCAUUAUGCCCCGGCGAGCGAAACACUGGCCACCAUCUUUGCCAACUCGAAGACAGCUUUCGACAAGGCACCAGCAUAUGUUCUGCAGUCAAGGGUAUAUGCCCAGAACGGCGACUCGUCUCAGGCUCUUGUCUCCCUCAAGGAAUGCCUGGUCGAGCUGGGGGUUUCGGUGGAUGAGGACCCAACCUUCCAGACUUGCGACGCGAAGUUUGAGCGCCUUUCCAUCCAGAUUCAAACCAUGGAUCGGGCCGAGCUGGUCAGCUACAACCAGGCCGAGGAUCCAAGUGUCGCUUCUAUCGGAGCAGUCCUCGCCGAGACCAUUAGUGCUGCUUGGUGGAGCGAUGGUCUACGAUAUUACAAUCUUACUCUCACCAUGGUAGAGAUGCACCUCCAACGGGGUGCGUACCCACAAUCUGGCAUGGGUUUCCUCUAUCUCGCCAUGAUCUCUCUCUCGCGGUUCAACAUGACACAGUUCGCUGUGGAUCUAGGUAUCGCCGCUCAAGAGCUGCUCUAUCAGUCUCGAGACGCCUUCUCACUCGCUCGCGGCUUGAUGCUUCACCCGAUGUGCAUUGGACAUGUUCACAUGACGAUGCCCACAAUCAUGGCACAGAUGGAAGAUGCUGUUGAGUAUGCAUCAGUUGCUGGCGACCGGAUAUCGACCAUCAUGAGCUACGGAGUGUCUGCCCUGUUCAAGUUCUUCAGCAACGAGAACUGCGCAGAUCUCGAAGGGUUCUGCCAGUACGGCUGCGAGGAGAUUCCGAACUGGUACACCGAUUCUAGGGGUGGGUCGGUUCUCAUCGCCGUUAGGCAGCUCUGCCGUGCCCUUCAGGGCAAGACUCGCAUUCGCAUCGCCUCGGAGGUGAUGAAUGACGAGCAGCACAACUCGGAGUGCUACAAGAAGUGGUUGCUUAGCGGCAAUCGCCAGAGCAAUCGAUCCAUCCUCUUCUACGAGAGCUUCGAGAUGAUACCCCUAUACCUCUAUGGCCAUUACGAGCGUGCCGUUGAGCUUGGGAAGAAGUCUACUGAUAACCUGACCAUGCUCUGGUCCUCACGCAACAGCAGGAUGAUAUUACUAUUCUAUGGCUUGGCCCUUGCCGGACGGUUGCUGCAACAGAUGCAGGUUCCCUGCUCGCCUACUGAAGACUUUGCCUCGCAGGCCGAGGAGGUCAUUGGGGAGCUGCGUCGCUUCGUGAGGAUGAUUGAUGAAUGGGCACUUGUCUCAGAUAUCAACUACCUUUGCUGGUCGAAGCUGCUCCAGGCUCAGAUUGCAGAGUUAUCCAAGGACCACGGAACCGCCAUCCAGCACUACGAGCACGCUCUAGACCACGCCACUGAGUACGAUGCUGUGUUUGAUGAGGCUCUGGGCAACUAUCUCAUGGCAGGUCUCUUCAUCCGACGAAAGGCACGCCGGUCUGCUCGUGCGGCACUCGUGGAAGCUGUUAGCUUGUUCCGACAGAUGGGUGCCAACGGAGUUUCAAAGGCCAUCGAAGAGGAGCAUAGUCUCCUCCUACAUGGGCCAACAAGAAGCCACCGAACCACCGACAUGGGCGUACAGACUGACUUUGUUGCCGACGCGACGUCGGUCCAGUAUCGAGCUGUGGAUGGCGAAGACGGAGGAGAUCUGACACACAUCACUUCCAACAACAUGAACAUGACUGACCUGAAGGGAGAGCGCAUAGGGGCGUGGCGAGGUUCAAUGAACAUGCAGGCUGAGCCUGGGGCAGGGUUGCCUGCUCUCGAUAUGAUCGACCUCCAUGCCAUCCUGGUGUCCUCGCAGGUCAUAUCGUCGGUGCUGCAGGUGGACGAGCUGCUCAAGACCAUGUGCGACGUCAUCCUCCAAACCUGCGGCGGCUCAGCGACACGUGCCGCCAUAGUCGUCCAGGAGAACGACUCGGACUCGUGGUGCGUAGCUGCCAGCGGUGACCCCGAGAGAGGUGCUUCAGCCCACAUACCAGGCAUACCCUUGUCAGGGACGUCGCUGAUAGCCGAGAAUGUUGUUCUCUACUGCACUCGCUUCCUGGAGUCGGUCUUUGUUCCCGACUUGAUAGCUGAUGAGCGGUUCGGCAACGUCAACCAAUCCUGGCUGCAGAGAAACCCUGUUGGCAAAGGGAUCAUCGCCAUCCCCAUCUGUCACGGUAACAAGCCGCUUCUGGGGGUCUUGUAUCUUGAGGGCGAGCCCGGUGCCUUCACUGAUCGCAAUGUCACUGUGUUGCAGCUCCUCGUCAACCAGAUCGGCAUUAGCUACUCCAACGCACUCGCCAUGAAGAAUGUCGAGAAGAUCUCGGCAGAGAACCGAUCCAUGGUGGCAGUUCAGAAGCGCGCUCUAGCCAAGGCUCUUGCGGCCGAGACAAAGGCCAAGGAUGCAGAGGCGGAAGCGAAGCGCAAUGUCAAGCUCGCUGAGGAAGCCGCCAAGGCAAAGUCCAUCUUCCUGGCCAAUGUCUCUCACGAACUUCGCACUCCUCUCAACGGCGUGAUUGGCAACUCGGAACUGCUUCGUGACAGCGUCCUGGAUAAAGACCAGCUCGAGAUGGCAGACUCGAUCCGUGUCUCUGCUGACCUGCUGCUAACUGUCAUCAACGACAUCCUCGACUUCUCCAAGAUGGAGGCGGACAAGAUGAAGCUAUACAUCAUCGCUUUCAACCCAGAAGACAUGGUCCGCGAGGUGGUCAGGGCCGUAUCGUACAGCAAUCGUGAAAAGACUUCCAAGAAGAACGUCAAGAUCGUGCAAGAUAUCAACCUGCCGCCCAUGCUGAUCUACGGCGACCCCAUUCGCCUCCAUCAAGUUCUUGGCAAUCUUAUUGGAAACAGCCUCAAGUUCACUGAGGAUGGCUCCAUCACCAUCGGGGCCCGUCUCGACAAGGAGACCAAGGAGCAUGCCAUGCUCACCUUCUGGGUCCGAGAUACAGGCAUCGGCAUCCCCCCUCAGCAGCUGGCCAAACUUUUCCAGCCCUUCAGUCAGGCUGACGCUAGCACAGCAAGAAAGUAUGGCGGAAGCGGCUUAGGUCUUAGUAUCUGCAAGUCCCUCAUCGAGACCAUGAUGAAGGGCAAGAUUCGGCUUGAGAGCGAGGAGAAUGUGGGCACGACAGCUUGGUUCACAGUGACAUUCGAGAAGGCCAAGUCGGAUGUCGCUGCUGGUGACGCCCAAUCCAAGACGACGCCUCCCAUCGACCGAUACUCGGCCACCACUUCUCCUCUGGAGCGGGCUGACUCGCCCAACCCAUACCUGGACCUGUCCAAGGUGCCCAAGGAACAGGUUCGCAUCUGCGUGGCUGAAGACAACCCCAUCAACCAGAAGAUCGCCAUCCAGUACGUGCAGCGGCUGGGCUACAAAGGAGUCGUGGCCUAUGACAAUGGUCUCAAGGCGGUCGAGGGGCUCCGGCAGAAGGCCAAGGAGGGCAAGCCAUAUCACGUCGUCUUGAUGGAUGUCCAGAUGCCGGUCCUAGAUGGCUAUGAAGCGACAAAGCUGAUUCGAAAGGACUCGCUGGAUGCGGUGCGCAAGAUCCUGGUCAUCGCAAUGACUGCCUCUGCGAUCCAGGGCGACAGAGAGAAGUGCCUGGCUGCUGGCAUGAAUGACUAUCUCGCCAAACCUGUCCGGUCAGAAGUGCUGAAAAAGAAACUCGACGCAUAUCUCAGCACUGAACAUGCCCCAAACAGCACAGCGCAGACUCAUUCGGCACCUCACCCAGCGCCUCAACCAGCGGCCCCGAGCCCUCAGCCAAGUACCAACUCCAACUCCAACUCUCACGGGCCCAACAGAACUAUUGUUCUCCCGCCUCCAGUUGUCCAACCAACUCCCAGGGCAGCAAAGCCAUCCACUACAGUCUCGGACCCCAUGCAAGAAGAGGCUGUAUUCAAUCAACCAAUCGACUACACUUCCUUGCAGGCGCAAGAUAGCCCCGUCUACAGCAAAGAACAUGCUCAUGCCCCAGAGCCGGCACCAUUGACCAUACGGGACAGCUCGCCACACUCGACAACCGCCGCUGCACUCAGCCGUGUGUCGAGCGACAGCCGCUCAGUGGACUUUGCGCCUACGGUGGACGGCGCUCCUCAGCAGCAGCAGCAUAAGCGUCUGCCUCGGAAGCUUACCAAGAAUAGGCGGAACAGCGAGUCAAACAGCGAGAGGCCUUCCCUGGUUGGCACCCCGGCCGACAAGACCAAGGGUCUCCUCAAGAAGGCCCCCCAGCGACAAAGCUCGACAAGCCUCGUCGAGGACGGUCAAAAGGCCGAGAAUACCCCAUUCGGGACCUCGAAGGACCCCAGCAAGCGCAGCAGCUUCACUUCCACGGGCUCGUCGAUCAAGGACCGACUCUUCCCUCACUAG